AUGUCUGAUGCACGGAUCAGACGCUAUAAACAAGUAAAACGAGCAGGAAAACAAUUUCGUCGUCGAAGAAAUUGGGUCCGACCAGGACGUAAAAGCGCUUGGUGGGACAAUUUUGUCAGGCAAACUGUGAUAGAAGAAGAAUGGCGUGAAAAUUUUCGCAUGAGUCGACGUUCUCUCCACGAAUUAGCUGACGAACUUAGACCAUACAUAGAAGGCAAGACAACAAUAAUGCGGUCCCCAGUAGAUGUGGUUAAGCAGGUAGCGGUCACACUCUAUUACUUAAGUGACGAGGGGCGUAUGCGAAAAACAGCGAAUGCCUUUGGAUUAUCGCGUCAAGUUGUAUCCAAAAUAAUUCGUAAAGUGUGUAAAGCUAUCACGAUUCGACUUGGACCUGAAUAUAUUAAACUGCCAUUCACAAAAGAAGAUGUUGAGAGGCAUAUCAGGAACUUCCACAGAUUGCACGGCUUUCCUCAAUGUUUGGGCGCAAUUGACGGUACGCAUAUCGAAAUUAGGCAACCAGCAUGUAAUUCCACAGAUUUCAUAAAUAGAAAAGGACGGUAUGCAUUAAAUAUUCAAGCUGCAUGUGACUAUAAGUAUUGCUUUAUGGACGUCGUCGUCAAGUGGCCGGGGAGUGUUCACGAUGCCCGAGUAUUUUCCAACUCAAAGUUAAAUUAUUUUCUUAAGAGUAGGGAAAUACCUCCAUGCCCACGACAAAUACUUUCAGAUGAGGAUCCCAUUCCAGUAUUCUUGUUAGGAGAUCCAGCCUAUCCCCUUAUGCCAUACCUCAUGAAGGAAUACUCAAAUGGAGGUUCAACAGUUCAGGAGCAAUAUUUUGGUAUGACCCUUUGCCAAUCAAGAAUGGUGAUUGAAUGCGCAUUUGGUCGUCUAAAAGCAAGGCUUGGGGCUUUGAAGAGGGCAAUGGACAUAAACAUUAAAGAUAUCUCUACUGUUGUCUAUGCAUGUUUUGUCCUUCACAACUUUUGUGAAGUUCACAAAGAGAUUAUUGGAGAAGACAAAGUUUGUUCAGCUAUUGAUUAUGAUAGCCAAUUUCAGCCAGCACCUAGUCACAACAACUACAGAACAGAUUGUAAUGAAGCUGAAGGGAAGAAAAUAAGGAGAGUUCUCACAAAUUAUUUUGACCCUUAA